AGCAGAUGUACAAACUGGAGACGUGUGGCGAGUACAACACUCUUUUCUAAAAUCUGACGCAGCACCUUCCUUCCGGAGCUUCCAUUCUACGACGUCGUCACUGCCGGAAUUUCUCUUUCAAAUUCCGUCUCCGGCUGACCGCCUCGCCCCAGCUCGCCGCCGGUCACACACUUUACUACAGGUAUGAGUUGCUAGGGUUCUUGCAUUUGAGCUUUCGAUGCCGGAAAAGGUGUGUGACCUUAGUGGUUACUUGGCAGAGAAGAAGAUUUGCUGCAGUAGAAGUGUUGUUCUGGCAUAGCUGGUAAGAUCUAGGAGUGUUCUUCGUUUGAAAAUUUCAUUCGUGUGUGGUAUAAAUAUAGGUUCCUUGUUUGGUGCAGUUACGUUUGUGUUGUUAUGUCAGAAGCUGCAAAAGAUUUGGUUGGUUCGAGUAAACGCCAAAAAUUAGGACCAGACUACUUUGGUUACUAUACACAUGAAGUGGUAGAGUUGUUGUCACGAAAUGAAGAUGUUUCACCUUUUGCUUCCGAAUCCUCAGAUAUAUCUCGAAGCAGAUAUGUGGAGGUUAGGGGCAAGGAUAGGAUUGAGCAUAGUAAUGGUGUGUAUGGUUCGUUGUUUAGUAACAGCCUAGGGAAUGAGCUCUCAGAUUUCAGAAAAGAAAGAUUGAAGUUGUUGCUCAGACAGGGUGUUAAAGUUCUUGCACCAGAAGUUGAUGAGAUGAUAGAACCUGUUGUAGCUAUGAGCCAGUUAAAAUCACAGCUAGAGAGCAGAAAGUGUUUAUCAAGAGGUGCAGCAAGUGAUGUUGAUGCAGGGAAAGCACCUUCUCCUAAGAAACUAAAGAGAUCUUCAUGCUCUUCUAGUAGCCUCUCUGCACUUUCUAGUCCCACCAAUUCCGAAUCAAACAGAGAGGUCGAUGAUGACUGGCAGUUCCUUAUAGAGAACAACAGCUUGCAGGUUGAGGAGACAGUAAAAAAAUAUUGUGAUCAAUAUUAUGCAAAACUAGGGCACAUGGAGCAGCAGCUUGAGAAAAUUCUUGAUACUGUGAUGUCCAAGUGCAGGCCAAUGACCAUCCAUGAGAAGCACAAGCUUGGAAAACAGAUUCAGAAGUUACCACCAGAAAACCUUGGCCGUGUAAUGGAAAUUAUCCAGAAUAGCAACGCAGCUUAUACGAAUUCCUCGGAUGAAGUUUCUGUGGAUCUUGAAAAGGAGUCUAAUGUAACCCUUUGGAGAUUGUUUCAUUACGUAGAAGCAGUUGAGAAUGCUAGAAAGCUCGCAAGUAGCUAAAUGUCAAAAGCUGCAGCAGGCCUAUAUGAAUAUAUCAGUCAUCAGGCUAUUUCCCUCGCUUCUCCCCGGGGCUGUAAGGUUUAGAUGGUUACUCUUUCCGAUUUUGAUACCUAGUAUAUUUGGGAGAAGCGGGUACUUGAGAGAAGGGUGCUGACGGUUCUACCUUUUGACUAUAGGGUUUUGGGUAAAUCUAACCAUAAUAGGUUUGAUGGUAUUGACCUUUAUGGCCCAGAAGUGCAUUAUUUUGGAGCACUCAAGUUCAGAUGAAUGCAAGAAGAGUAGAUAAUUUUUUCUUUCUUUUUAAAUGUAAUCGGCAUUGUGCUCUGCAGAGAGUAGGUUUUAAUCAUACGGAAAGCUGUACAUCUGUUACUGUAUACUGACACAAGAAAGCUAGGGAAUUGAAGUUUUGCAAUAUUCAUGGUGAAAUUCCAUCACGAUUCCGAGUUGUUAAAUCCAAGUACAGCACGAGAAAUUUUGUCUUCUGGUUUCUUUCUCGCACUCUGCGAGUGCAAAAGGAUGUGUAAUUUUUCUGGUUUGGGUCUUCAUGUUAGCCAUGUUGAUUUUAAUAUCUAGAGAGUUUUUCAUAUUCAGAAUUGCAGAAAUUCUAAGAGCAAAUCAAUUCUAUUGCAAAGCAGGGUGAUAAUUUGGUCGAGUACAAUGACAUGUAAAGAGACCCAAUUACAAUGGACAGAUUAAAUACAACGGGACUGGCGAUAUACUGCUGUCGACAUGUAGAGGAUACAUAAGGUAGAAUGGCCUAUCUAUAAAAACAUAAAAUUCCCUAAAGUAAAAUUUUCUCGUGGAUACACAGAAAAAAUUACAAGAAUGCUAAGAUCCUCUCCCAAAACCAAGCA